AUAGUUUUUUGAAAGGGCCUUACUCCCCACCACAUAUAGUAAAUAGAAAAGAAAAUAAAAUUGAAUAAGAAUCCUUAGCUCCCUGUCACAAUUGCAUUUUAUUUUUCCAUUUCGAAAUUAAAUUCCCUUUUCAUUCCACUUUCUCUAUCCUUCCGUCCAUUCCAUAUUGCUGUCGUCAGAAACCAGAUUCUGCAGAUCGCGCUUCAUCUCUCAUUCAUCCUUCCGAGAUGACGAGUAUGUCCACUGGUGACCUUCUCAACAUCGAACCUGUCGAACUCAAGUUCUCCUUUGAGUUGAAGAAGCAGAUCUCGUGUUCUCUUCAAUUGUCAAAUAAGACCGAUAGCUAUGUAGCUUUCAAGGUAAAAACAACCAAUCCCAAGAAGUAUUGUGUUCGUCCAAAUACUGGAGUUGUUUUGCCUCGAUCUACAUGUGAUGUUAUAGUUACCAUGCAAGCGCAAAAGGAAUAUCCACCUGAUAUGCAAUGCAAGGAUAAGUUUCUUCUUCAAAGUGUAAGAGUAACUGAUGGAGCUAACCCAAAGGAGAUUACUCCUGAAAUGUUCAACAAGGAAGCAGGGCAUGUGGUUGAGGAGUGCAAAUUGAGAGUGGUGUAUGUUGCUCCACCUCAACCUCCAUCCCCGGUCCAAGAAGGUUCAGAGGAAGGGUCAUCACCUAGAGGUUCUGUUACCGAAAAUGGAAAUGGCAAUGGUUCUGACUCCACAACAGUGAUGAGAUCAUUUGCCGAACGACAUGAGUCUCCAGAAAAAUCUGCAGAGGCAAAAGCUCUUAUGUUAAGGCUGACUGAAGAAAAGAAUAAUGCAAUUCAACAAAAUAACAAGCUUCGUCAGGAACUGGAUCUGCUGAGACGGGAAAGCAACAAAAGUCGUGGGGGUACCUCGAUGGUCUUUGUCAUAAUAAUUGGUUUACUUGGCAUAAUUAUGGGGUAUCUCUUGAAGAAGAACUAAGCUUUUUUGAGAUUCGAUCUUUCAUCGUACUUGUUAGUUUCCCUAUUGUUCCGACUAUGCAAUUCAAUUCAAGAAAUGAUGACGAAAAGCAAAAUAGAUUAAUUUAGCAGGUAUUUUCUUUGGGAGGGUCGUUAGCAAUAUGGAAGUAGAAACAUUAGUAGAAAGUAUGGGUCGGUUGCUUGAAGAGCAUAUUAUUGUGAAUUGACUCAUGCAUUCGGUAACAAGCAUUCUUUUUGUAACUUAUGGCAAAUUUGUUGUUUUCUGUGGUUCAUAAUAUUCAUUUCAUGGAGCAUGUCAACGAAUACCACUAGUAACAUGCACAGUAAGAAUAUCGUCCUUUAUUUUGUUGCUUUCGAUUAUGUGAAGAAUAUUACUUCGCAGGUUUUAGACUA